AUGAGGGUUCUGUCGUUCCUGCAAAGGGCUUAUCAUGAUCACCCUCAUGUUUCAAAAAUUUUGGUUCUUUGCUCCUUGAGUAGUGGAGGUCUUCUUGCAUACUCGGAUUCUCAACCAGAUGUCAAAGCCCCUGCAAUUGAAGAUUGUAAUAGUCAGUUACAGACGAAGAAGAAAUUGGUGGUGCUUGGAACAGGAUGGGCUGCUACAAGCUUUCUGAAAGAUCUGGAUAUCUCUAGCUAUGAUGUGCAGGUUGUCUCCCCAAGGAAUUAUUUCGCGUUUACUCCUUUGUUACCAAGUGUGACGUGUGGAACCGUUGAGGCACGGAGCAUUGUUGAGCCUGUUAGGAAGAUAAUUAAAAAGAAACAUGGUGAAAUUCUAUACUGGGAAGCAGAAUGCCUGAAGAUCGAUGCUGCAAAUAAAAGAGUGUCCUGCAAGUCUGUUGUCGAAAACUUACAAGGGAAAAAUGAGUUUGAUCUGGAGUAUGAUUAUUUAAUUGUAGCAGUUGGUGCCGAAGUUAAUACUUUUAACACUCCUGGGGUGGUGGAGAAUUGCCACUUUUUGAAGGAAGUAGAGGAUGCACAAGAUCUCCGAAGGUCUGUUAUUGACUGUUUUGAAAAAGCAGUUCUUCCAGAUAUAACUGAAGAAGAACGAAGAACAAAUCUCCACUUUGUUAUUGUCGGUGGGGGUCCGACUGGGGUAGAAUUUGCUGCUGAGCUACAUGACUUUGUUCAUGAGGAUUUGACCAACUUAUAUCCCAGCGUAAAGGAUUUAGUCAAAAUAACUAUGAUUCAAUCUGGAGACCAUAUUUUGAAUUCGUUUGAUGAAAGAAUUAGCACAUUUGCAGAAAAGAAGUUCACAAGAGAUGGCAUCGAAGUUUUGACUGGGCGUCGGGUCGUGAAUGUUUCAGAUAAAAUGAUAAACAUGAGAAUGAAGUUGACUGGCGAGGAUGUUUCCAUGCCUCAUGGUCUGGUUGUGUGGUCGACAGGGAUCGGCACUCGUCCUGUUAUUAGGGAUUUUAUGGAACAAGUUGGCCAGGCCAAUAGACGUGCUCUAGCAACUGAUGAAUGGCUACGAGUCAAGGGAUGUGAAGCUUCUGUGUACGCUCUUGGUGAUUGUGCUACUGUAGAUCAAAAACAGAUCAGGGAAGAUAUCUCGGAAAUUUUCAAAGCAGCAGACAAAGAUAAUUCUGGAACACUCACACCUGAAGAAUUAAAGGAUGUGAUUGAGGAUAUUAUGAUUAGGUAUCCCCAAGUAGAACUUUAUCUGAAAAGCAAGCAUAUGUUGGAUAUAAUAGACUUGUGGAAGGACUCUGAGGGAAAUGAUAAAGUAGAGAUAGAUAUUGAAAGGUUUAAGUUAGCUCUGUGUCAUGUUGACUCACAGAUGAAAAGCCUUCCUGCCACUGCACAGGUCGCUGCUCAACAAGGUGCAUAUCUUGCUAGGUGCUUUAACCUUUGGGAAAAAUGUAGAAGUAAUCCAGAAGGUCCUCGCCGCUUCAGGAGUGGUGGGCGCCAUGAGUUUCGUCCUUUUCAGUAUAGGCAUUUUGGGCAAUUCGCUCCGUUAGGUGGAGAGCAAGCUGCAGCUGAACUUCCUGGAGACUGGGUUUCUAUGGGUCGUAGUACGCAGUGGCUGUGGUAUUCUGUCUAUGCAAGGUUAGAAUCAUUUCCUUCAUGUAUGCACUAUAACAUUUCCGAACUUUCCUCAUCGGAUUCUGAUACCCUGUUUAAAAAAAUACAGCAAGCAAGUCAGCUGGCGGACGCGAGUGCUAGUGGUCUUUGA